UUAGCAAACACAUAACACGCCGCACCGCAGGAACGAGUUGAGCCGCAGUAACCAUUGCGGCGUACCGGUAAACGGUCCUCUGUACUCGCGUGUCGCUCUUAAUAAUAUUUCGAUCGUUGACGUGAACGGCAAACGCGAUCUAAUGGCGGACGACGGGAUUACAGUCGGCGCGUUGUUAGAACACAUAACGGUCGGCAAGACUAUCGCCAUGCUCGUCUUGGGCCUGGGAUCAUUCAUUUUGGGCAUGUUGCCCAUACGACUGACUUCCAAAAAAUGGUGGCGGCCGAACGCAGAAGCGCCGGAACAGCACGGCGGCCAUUCACACCCGGGCCAUUCAGCCACCGAAUCUUCGCCGGUCGUGUCGCUGCUAUUGUGUUUCGGCGGCGGCGUGUUGCUUUUCACCACGUUUUUGCACCUGCAGCCCGAGGUCCGUGAGAACGUCAGCCAGCUGCAGGCCGCUCACAAGCUGCUGCCCGACGGCCCGGCCGCUGAGAACCUGGGCGACCUGAUAUUCUGCGUCGGGUUCUUUUUGGUGUUCGUCAUCGACCAGAUAGUGCACGCAGUGCUGGACAGCGUAUACGCCGCGGACGGCGAUGACGCCGGGCAGGAAAUGUUGCAACGAUCGAUGAGCUUGAGACGGCGCAACCCUCCUGCAGCAGUGCCGAAACCACCCGGUUUGCUGCCGUCGUCAUCGGCCAAUUCGUCGGCUACUUCCGAUGAACGCUCGAACGAGUUUACCAACGGACGUUACCGGUCGACAUCCUGGGAAAUGACGCUGCCGACUACACGGACAAACGAACAGCAGCAACUUCAACCGCGAUGCGGUGAAGUGAGUAAUGCGACGAAACGGCCGUCGGAAUCGCGGAAAGCAGAAGGCGCACAGUCGUUUCGAGGACUGUUCGCCGUGCUGGCUCUGUCGUUCCACGAGGUGUUCGAAGGCCUGGCCAUCGGGUUGGAGGAGCGCGUCGACCACAUGUGGUACCUAUUUUUCGCCGUCGCCACGCACAAGCUCAUCAUCGCAUUCUGCAUCGGCUUGGAACUGGCCUGGUUGGAGACCAAAAGGACCGUGCUAAUCGCGUACGUAGCCACGUUUGCCGUUGUCACGCCAGUGGGCAUCGCCAUCGGCAUGAUUCUCGUGAGCUACGGCAACGGAGGCUCAGUGGACGGUACACCUGGACUCGUAGCUGUCGUUUUGCAGGGACUGGCCGCCGGUACCCUUUUGUACGUCGUGUUCUUCGAGGUGCUCGCCAGGUACAAACAGUCGGGAUUUUCGCACCUGUUGGCUAUAAUAUUUGGCUUCUCUAUCAUGUUUGGAUUGCAGAUGAUGACUCAUCACAGUCAUAGUCAUGGUGGUAGUCUUGGGCCAGAUGAUUACCAUCAUCAUUCAGAUCACCAUCAUCAUUCGGAUCACCAUCAUCAUUCGGAUCACGACCAUGCAUCUCAUGAGCAUGCACAUGAACAUGAACAUGGUCAUUAAAACUUUUAAAUUAUUCAGACUUAAUAUAUUACUAACCAUUUAAUUUUUAUAGUUUUUAUUUAUUAUUUUAUUCAUAAACUAUUUAUUAACAUUAUUAUAUAUUUUUUUAUCUAACAAGUAUUUUUGUAGAACGUAGUUUGGGUGUUGGUAAUUGUUAUAAAUUAAGAAAAUAAAUACUUUAUUCAUUAUAAAUAAUACUAA